AUGGAUGAUCAACCCCAAACCCUGCCACCACCCACCAUCGAAGAUGAUCAACCCCAAACCCUGCCACCACCCACCAUAGAAGAUGAUCAACCCCAAACCCUACCCGAGAACCUGCCACCAGCCACCAAAAUGGAAGAUCAAACCCAAACCCUACCCGAAAGCCCACCGCCCGCCGACAUCCACCAACCCAACGUAGACACCUCCCGGCCUUUCCGCUCUGUCAAAGAGGCCGUAGCCGUCUUUGGAGAGCGCUUUCUAACCGGAGAAAUCUACUCGCCGUCACCCAAACCGGCCACUAUCACCCUACCAAAACAAGAAACGCAAAACUGGAAAUUGACACCGUCUGCUUCUAAUCGAAGCUUAUGGAAAUCGCCGGAAAACGAAGAAGACCCACCUCCGGUGGUCAUGAACACACUCAAGAAACUGGAGUCGGAGCUUGAAGAAACGAAGAGAGAGUUGAACAUGUUGAAGGAUAGAGAGUCAGAGACUGAGGUGGCUUUGGCUUCUUUGAACGCCGAGCUGCACAAGAACAUGUCGAAGAUAGCGAAAGCAGAGGCUGAGGUGGCGGGGAAGGCGGCGUCGAUGAGAUCAUCGACGACUUUGAGACAAGUGCUAAGUGGUGGUAGUGGAGGAGAGAGAGAGAAGGGUAGAGAGAGAAAGUAUGUGAAUAAGGAGAGGAAAACGAUGAAGAAGAAGCCAGUGAUUCCAUUGGUGACAGAUUUGUUUACCAGAAACAAAGAGAAGCCUAAGAAUUCUUCAGUACUGAAUCCACACUACACAUCUUACUGGAACUAAUAAACAAGAAUAUUCAUGCAUGAAUGCAUGCAUGCAUGCAUGGAUCACCAAAUCAUGUAUGCAUGAAAUCCCUUUUUUAUAUAUCAAUCAUGAACUCAUUAUUAUGCAUGUAGUUAACCAGUAAAAGUUACUUGACUCCAUUU